GCUUUGAGUAGACGCGAAUCGCGACGUUGCUGCAGUCCUCCACCGCACCGUGCCUGCUUAGGUUUCAGUGAGUAAACAAUCGCGAAACGUGAAAGGAACGGAAUCUCUUGAACGUCUCGUGGGACGACACGUUUCAGAAUUCAGGGCCCUCGAUGCUUGAGCUAGCGUGAGUGACUUUUGGUGAUUGUUUUCGGAGUAGCGUGUGCGGUUUUUCGUUCCCGCGUUGAUUUAAUGAAUCCGCACAGCGCACCGUUGACUGGUUGGUUUUGUGUUCGGGCUUCUUCGAACACCGGAUGGAACUAAGUGCACUUCGACGACGACCCGUGGAGAGUGCCGUGAAGAAGAUGCUUACCCACCAAUUGUGGUCGACUCGCGGUGAAGACGAAAAAUUGUGAAAUCGGAAUAAUCGAAUGUGAAAAUAUUUGCCUCUCUCUAUCUCUCUGUUGUUGUGUGCUUCCCUCGGAAACGGCUAAGACGGUGGUGAUUUCGGUGACCGUUGGUUGGUUCGGGAAUGUGCGGAAACCCACAUGUGCGGUGAGCUUUUUUUUGCGGACUAGCAGCGCGUGUCGCCGGAGAUAUCAAAUUUACACACAUUCCUGGGUCCCCGGAUCCGGACUGGACUGGACUGGGCGCUAUUCGGUUGGACCUCUGCACCGUUCGUGUGAUGGUGAACGUGCCUAGCAUCGGUGAUUAAUUUUCCUAUCGGACGACGACGGUGGCGUCAACGAAAGCUUCGAUAUCUCCGGUUUUGCCUUAUUUUGUUUUUGCACUUUUCCACGCACGAGUAGUUCGUUGUUUUAGCGCGUCUGUUUGGUGGUGCUUCAGCCUCAACUUACCGGUGACUAGAUCGUAUUGGUUUCAGUUCAGUGCCACCCGAUCGACCGUAGGCAAAUAGUGGUGUGCAUUAUUCGUGUUAUCCGCAACGUCUGUUUUUUUUCAGCUUCUAUUUAGCCGAUUCGGGACAUCAAUUGUUGUUGCCAGGGUUGGAGACCCGUCGAAAGCCCGCUGUAACGCUGUGAUCAUCAUUAACAUAGUUUUCUAUCUGCUGGUGUGUGGUUGAAAUACAGAAAGUGAAAAGAGCAGUGAACAAAGGAAAAACAAACCUCACAGUCGAAUUAAGAUUUUUUUUGGGAAAUUAGCAUCAACGUUGAGAGCAGCAAGCGGUGACAUUGAAAGUGAAAGCCCGAUUUUAGCUGACGUUUUGACGUUUGAAAGUGCUGCAGUCUUUAGAGUUUUUAAGCACCUGCCGGCUCUAUGAUCGUACGAUAGCAGUCCCGUUUCCCACUUCCUCUGUGAUCACCCAAGCUCAUCCAAUCCUGUCAGGAUGGAUCAAUUAGAGCUCGAGAUACGGAAAGAAAUCGAGGAGUUGAACUCGAGCGUGUCACUCAUCGAUCGGCUCGAUGGCGGCGACACGAUGGAUGGGGAUAAACAGCAGGAGCUGCUGUCCUCGACCCGAGCCGUGUUCGAAAAUAUCAAUUCGAGUCACGCGAAAAACAGCCUAACGGAUUCACAGAUUUCGAUCAUUUCGAAACAUGACGGUUAUCCAGACACGGGACAUUUUUAUGCCUCGCCAGCGAUACCUCGCACCCCUACAACCGACGGUAGUGGAUGUUUCGACAAACUGAACGGCGGCACAGCGAUGCCAUCGACUUCCGAUGGUAGCAAAACUUUGCUGACCGACGGUAGCGGCGGUAUGAUGCGGGUUACUAGCGACAGUAGUAGUAGGGAUACCAAAGUAGAUUGUAAAGAUGGCAGUAAGUGCAAUAAAAAAGAUAUCAAGAAAGUCGACAAAAAGAUGACAGCGAAACAGAAGAAGAAAGCGGCAGCUGCAGCUGCAGCUGCUGCCGCCUCCGCCGCCGCAGCUACCACAAAUCACAAAUUAGCAGGACCAGACCAUUAUUCUCCCAACGGUGGCAAUUCCUCGUUAGUCAGUUUCCUGUUUCCACCGGGCUCUCCAAGUUCAAAGAAAAAUAACCUCCCAUCGACGGUGGUUCUCGGUGUCAUGCAGCUGUUAUUUGCCGUCGCCUUGGCCGCCCUCGGCGGUUUGGUGCUGGCACGGAAUGCGUCCUUGUCGCUAGCCGGGACAGGUUUGUGGUGUGGUGCCAUUGCCGGAAUUGCCGGCUCCCUCGGACUGAUGAACGUCAAAAUGGCCAAGACGGGAUUCCUGGCGGUGAACCUUAUCUGCGUCGCGUCCAGCACACUCGGCCUGGCUCUGACCGGAAUCGGUGCCGUGCGGGAUGCAAACAUGGCUCAGCAAGACGAGUCCAUUUGGUACGCGGUAACCGCCGGUUCCGGACUGCUAGUCACGCUGGCAUUGCACUUUCUCGUCAGUGUAUUCUCCGUGUACUAUUCGGCGCUGAAGCUUUGCUCCAGACCCUCUCACAAAACCCAGAUGAUGGAAAACAUGAUUAACAGUAGCUCCCCGGGAUCGCAAGCGUUCCUGUCUCAGCAAAAAGUCGAAGACUACAUCAACUCGCUACACGUUGAUCCAUCCAUCAAGGAUAUGAUGUUCCAGACGAUGAUGAACCGCGGCUACGGGUCCGUGUACGGCGAGAAACACCGUACCGAUACGUUUAGCAAUGGCACGGGUGCAGGUUCGCGCCCAGUUAUGCUGGUUCCUGCCUGCGCUGGCAAUGGGCUUCCACAAAUGAUGCCGAUGUACUCGACGCCUCCACCUCCGGCAAUGUAUCCUCCCAAUAUGAUUCCACCGGGUGCUCACCAGUAUCCUCCGAUGUAUCCGGAAAGUGCCCUGAUGGAGGCACACAUGGCACGUGUUAACCGGAAACGCUCCAUACGAGCCAAUUCCGAGCAAGGUUUAACACUGCCCGGAGAAUACCGACAUCACCGUCAUCGCGGAGACGACCUGAGCCAACAGGAGAAGACAUUUACGUACACGGGGCUGGAUCGGGACAUUGCCGAUAGUUACCUUGCAAAGGAGGAGGAAAAAAUGAACAGCAGCAGCAUAGUCAGUUCCAAUGGUGCUGUACAUCACCAUCCGAUUCACUCGGGACCGGAGCAAAGCGACUCAACACAAACGCCUCCGCUCACCUACCACCAUGAUCUAAUGCUGAUUGAUCACCGACACAAUUUCGAACGGUACAACGAUGUUCAUAUGUAGCCAGAAAGGAACGAACAACGGAAGAUCCACUAGCUACGUAAGUACCGGAAACCAACCCAGCUCUGCUCAAGUUGAUUUUAGUGCAACCCUAGAGGACAUUAUCUUUUCUCGUAUAUCUUGUGUAUAGAACGAUGUACAUUUUAAUCGCGUUUUAAAUAAAUUUUAUAAUUCAUAAGAAAAACAAUCAACCAUAGAUUAGAAAUCCUCAUCGCUUUGGUCCUGCUUGGCGCUGCGAUUGAGGUUGGAAUUUUCUCGGGCCAGUUUCGUCAAGCUCACGUCGUCUUCAUCGUCGUCGUCUGUACGAAGCUCGUCAAUUACUGCAAUAAAACUCAAACAAUUAAAA